AUGUCCGAUCGUGACCAGCAAUCCGUGGCCUCUACCUCGCGUCCUGGGUCUCCCGUUCCUCCUUUGCCAGAUUUCUCUAAUGCUCGUCCUUACCGUUUCGCCUGGGAUGCAGCCACGCGCAAGGCAGAUCCUGCUAGUGUGUCUGGAACGACCGAAGGACGCGGAGACUACUUUGUUUACAAACCCAGUCUUAGCAACUUCAAUUUCUCUUCUACUUCGUUAGCGGUCGGUGCAAUACCCUCUGACUGGAGCAGUGCAAAACAUGGAUUCAAUGCCAUAUCCACACUCGUCAACAACCCACACAAGAAGUCGGCUCCUCCGAAAGCUCAUGCACCGGUGCCGCCCACCGUACCCUCCCAAUUGCCUCGUGUCCGCCGCAAAGACUUCGAUGGGUACCUUAAAUCCGUAGCCCCUGACUGGGAGCAGUUUGAAACUGCAUUACAGUCUAAUCAGCAAGAAACGCAAGCAGAUGCAUUCGCUGCAGGCUUGGCUGAAAUGGACUUGGAACCCCCAGCAACGCCUCGAACACCCAGGCUUACGCACAGAACCUCAAUACCUUCGCUUGAUAGCGUCCCUUCCGUGUUCUUUGACUCGUCAUUUGAUUUAUGCGAUUCGAAGACGUUUGCUGCCGUCACAGAGCAUCACGACGGAGACGGAGGAGCGUUUGACCCUUCUACAGCCUCCCAUUCGCUUCCACUACUGGAGAAGCUCUCGCACUACGCUGACACCAUUGAACUACAUCUCAUCCGUGAGAUAUCCCGGCGUUCGCCUUCCUUUUUUGCCGCACUCACAAAUUUAAACGAGCUCCAAACGGAAUCAAGUCAAUGUCUUAAGCGAAUACGGAAGUUACGUGGCAUGCUACAUGACGUAGAUGAGAAAAGUGCAAAGAGGGGUCUUGAAGUGAUCCGUUUGGAGAGGAAGGUUAAAAAUUUGGAAGACGUCAAGGAAGGGGUGAAGACCAUGCAAAGUGUUGGCGAAAUGCUGAGCCUUGCGCGGAGUCUUGGGAGCGGAGGAGAGUGGGACGCUGCUCUUGGCCUCAUAGAGGGAUUGCAACGGCUCUGGAAUGGCGAAGAUGAUCAGCAAUUACAAGCUGAUGCGGCGCGACCUAACUCCAAUGCCAAAGCACCAUCCAAACUUUCAAAACGUAACUCCACUCUUGUCGCUGUCCCGGAGUCUAUCGCUGAGGAAUCGGAGCCGACGUCUCUUAUUCAAGCGAAACCGCCGGCGCCUCGAAUACCUCUCUCAUCUGUUCAUGCAUUCUCAUUACUUCCUGAGCAUCUCCGUAUGCUGACGUCCGAGAUAGCCGCGUCUCUUACAUCCGAGCUUAUCACGGUAUUGAAGACCGACCUUCUGAACCAGAUGGAUACACCUUCAGUGAACAGCCAGGAAUCCAUGUCUGAGAAAGUCGACGAAGCUGGAGCUGAGAAGUUAACAAUGCUUCGGGAUCGGGUGCGACCACUUGGUCGAGGCUUGCAACGGACCAACGCACUGAAGGACACUGUGCAGAAAUGGACGACAGUAGCUCUUGUUGAGAUCAGAUUAGGUUUGAAAAAGCACCUGCCUUCAGCGGAGGAGCUCGAUGAGGAGGACGCUGAUGCGUCAGCAAAGGCAGACUCUGGGAGAAGGACCGCCUUGCGAGACGUUUUGCGGGAAAUGUCUCAUGGUGACUUUAUGUUGUUGUUACGAAGAAUCUUUGGCACCUUGCUACGCGGCAUUCAGGAGCUGCAGACGCAAAAUGCUAUCUUGCUUGAAGUCGUUCCCUCUCCCCAAUUACCAGAGUCUUCUACAGUGGAAUCCCCUUUGCAGGCUGAUUUAUCCGAUUUACUCUCUUCUGUCACUGAACUUGCACACUCAGGAGCCUCUAAAGUUCUUAAUAUGCGAGCUGAACAACAUGCUGCCCUUGAUCUGUCUAGUUUCCUUGAUGUAUUCAACGAAACAUGGAACUUUGUUGUAGGCACUGAGACAAUUUGUCGUCGGAUGAUUGUGGGGCUGCGUGGUGCCGCUGUUUCUCAAGCCAAGGCGUUCUUGCAGACAAUGCACCAAAUUCGAAUAACGCAGUCCUCUAAGCUCGUCGAGGAAGAGCAAUGGUCGGCCGCGGACGUAUCUGCAGAAGCGCAGACAGUGGUGAAUACUAUUGUUGAUUCGGCCGUACGAGAUUCUCCAGAACUGGUCGUCUCGCAAACAUCAGUCACGUCACCGUCUCGAGCAAACGGUGCACAAACGUCCUCCAAGCAUUUGACGAUAGAAGGCCGUAAAUACUUUGCUGUGCCUGCCACGCUCAGUGUGAUCGGUCUUCUUCUUGACUACCUCAAGGUCAUUGUGAACUUGUCCCUACUCACAACGGAUACGGUCGGUCGGGUGAUCGAGUUCCUGAAGGCGUUCAACUCUAGAACAUGCCAGGUCGUAUUAGGUGCAGGUGCCAUGCGAUCAGCUGGGCUGAAGAACAUCACCGCGAAGCAUCUAGCCCUCGCAUCGCAAUCCCUUUCAAUUGUGAUUGCGCUUAUUCCUUACGUUCGCGAAUGCUUCCGACGGCAUUUGAACCCAAAGCAGGCGGUAAUGCUCGUAGAAUUCGACAAACUAAAAAGAGACUACCAAGAGCAUCAACAAGAAAUCCACGCUAAACUUAUCGCAAUCAUGGGUGACCGUCUCAACGCGCACUGCAAAUCCCUUCAAAACGUAGAUUGGUCUGCGUUACGCAGUGAGGUCAAUGAGUACAUGACCGUCUUGGUAAAAGAAACCGUGACACUGCACAAGGUUCUGUCUCGCUACCUGCAAGAAGCCGCUCUUGAGUACAUCAUGUCCCAAGUGUUUGCCGCAAUAAAUCAUCGCCUUUCAGAGGAGUACAACAAGAUAGAUUUACCAGGCCUGGAAGCAAAGGAGAGAUUACUACGGGACGCCCGAUAUCUGCACCAGAAUUUCUCAAAUCUAAAAAACGUCAACGCCUCCUUUGGAAUGCUUGAGAUAGUCAUCGGCGAGAAAAGAUUUCCUGGUCAAGGGCCUGCACAGUCAGAGCAGUCGAAGUCGAAGUCUCCACCUCCUCCAACGGCGCCUGGCGUGAAUGACUCCCCGCGGCAACAGACACAGGCUCAAACUCAGUCAUUGGCAGCAAGCACGAUGGAGUCCGCUAACGAACGACUAAGAGGCAUAUUCAGACGAACGUCGACGUUCAAAGCUUCUAGUCCGAAGGCCGCUUCCAACUCUCAACAAACGCCGUCUCCUAUUGCUGAGAAGCAAAAUUCUCCUUUCUUCCCUGAGAAGGCUUCGGUGGACGAACCUGCUGCUCGUACUGCAUCGCCACCACCUCCCCCAACUCCCGAGAAGGCAGCGUCAGACAGCAACGCACCAGCAACAAUGAGGCCCUCGUCCCCAUUAUCACCAGCGCCUUCCGAAGGGAGAAAUAGAUCAAGGUCACGUUCGCCACGUCCGAUGGAAAAAGCACUUCCCAUACCCUUACCAACUCUUGAUUCGGACGGGAACAUCGUUGACCCUCCAGAAGCAAUAGAGCUGCCGCAGUCACCACCGAUGCGAAAUGGGCAGGAAGACUCGGCAAAGGCUGCCAAUGGUGUCAAUGAGGGGUCGUCAGAGGCGUCUGAUGAGGGGACCUCAACCUCAUAG